AUGGACUUUACAGAUUUGAACAAAGCUUGCCCAAAGGGAAACUAUCCCCUCCCAAGGAUCGAUCAACUAGUAGAUGACAAUGUGGGUCAUAAACUGCUCAGCUUUAUGGAUGCCUUCUCUGGCUAUAACAGGUCCUUAUGGCGGAGAAUGAUCAAGAGAAGACCUUAUUUCGACUGCAAUAUGGAAGCCUACAUAGAUGACAUCCUUGUGAAGUUAAAGCAUGCGUUGUCUCAUGUGUUGGAUCUUGAAGAGACCUUCUCUAUCCUCCAAUGCUACCGCAUGAAGCUCAACCCUGCCAAAUAUGCUUUUAAAGUGUAA